AUGUACUAUGAAUUUUUUAUUGCUUUGAUGCCUGAUUUUAAGUUUCGUAGAUGGCCGGUUACUCUUGUUUCACUCAACUUUCAAAGUUUUGGGAAAGGGCUUAAAGAAGGGAGCCAAGCACACUGUUACACAAGAAUUGAUGUUAGCGCAGAUGUGAUCAAGGUGGUUGCGAAGACUGCAAGAAGAAUUGGAACAAUGUUAAAGAGAGCUCAAAGAAAAGCUCUGGAUGUCCUCAACACUUUGGGGCUAUCAAACUCUGUAAUGCGGCUCAUUGAGAAGCGAAAUCAUGUCGACUGGUGGAUUAAAUAUGCAGGCAUGGUUCUCACUAUCAUUGUACUUAUUGUCUUUUGGAGGUGGACAACAUGA